UGAGCUCACCCCGCCCCCGUGUGAGUGGUGAGUGCGGGAGGCGUGACCGGACGCGAAGAGGAGGAGGAGCAAGAGCCAUUGUGGAACGCGUAAAUAAAUAUAUAUUGAAGUUGAAACUAUUUAAAAAGCCUCCUCCCCCUCUACCGUGACGUGAAUCCCCCGGUCAGGUCGCUUCGACUUCACCUGCGCGGCGAGGAGGAGGAAAAAGAGGAAGGGAGAGCGCAGACGAGAGCCGCCAUUUCAUCGUCGUCGUCAUCUAUCUUCGCGUGUUCCCCCUUUUACCUUGCCGUCUUGUCUCACCUGGUCCGGCGUCCUUUUGGUGAAUAACAUCAACGACUAGAACAAGAGCGAGAAGAAAGGGUUGUUGUUGUUGGUGGUGUUCACGACGACGAUGGCUUCCUCGUCUCUCGGCGCGCGUUGCGUGCUCGUGAUGGUGGCGGCGCUGGCUCUCGUUCUCGGCAUGGUCGCCCGAGCUUCCGCUCAAGACAUGUGUCCCGCUUGCAAUGGGGUCGACCCGUGCGUGAGUGCAUGCCGCUUCAACCCCUAUGCGACCAAGUGUAUCGUGGACUGCACCAGCGGCUGCAAGGCCCUGUGGAAGGAUCCCGAGAACAAGGUCAUCAACUGCGAGAAACUGACGCCGCGCUGCUUCCUCAUGCACCAGGAGAGCGACGCGCUGAAACGCCAGAGCCGCUCGGGCCCUGCGUCCGGCGGCCGCCUCGACACGGACGGCCUCUACGACCCCAAGUGCUUCGACAACGGCACCUUCAAGGCGGAGCAGUCCAACGAGACGACGCGCCAGCGCUGGUGCGUCAACAGUGCCGGGGUCCGCAACACCGACAAGCUGGUGGAUGCGGACCCGGAAUGCAAGCGUCUCGUCAUGUGCACCCAAAUCGUGUUGGACUUCUUUGUGAACACUACGCACCCUGCUGUGCGUGAAUCGCAGUUCAAGACGAGACUUCAAAAGGUGAUGCAGGACUCCUUCCUCCUGAGCCCCUCUCAAAUGAGCGAAACCAAGAUGGACGAUGCCGGAAAUGUUCUCAUCACCAUUGUAGCCGGCAACACGUCUGCCGAUCAGGAUGUGGGGACUGUCGCCUACUACUUGGAGAAGCAGUUUUUGAAGGGGGAGCUGCCGGGCCUGCCACGCGAAGUGCUCGACCUGAGCAAGCGCGGCGCGCAGGUGUGGUACUACGACGACGAGCCGCCCCGCAUGAACAUGAAGCACAUGGCCCCCGGCAUCAUCGCCAUCAUCUGCGUCCUCGUCCUCUCCCUCGUCGCAGCCAUCAUCGUCAUCGUGGUUAUGAAGAAGAGGUCGUCCAAGAAGAAGGACAACACCUUUGAGGGCCAGGAGCUGCAACAGAAGCUGACAUAAACGGCGAGCGACUCAUAAAUCAAGGAGGGCAUCGCUCCUGGGCAACACUCCUUCCGAAAUCGCAUCGCCGUUACCUCCAACCUAGUAGUUGAAUUAAUCAUCCCCGAUACAAUGGCGGUAAAUCUUGACCUCUUAGCUGUUUUUGUACAUUUAGGUCAUUCACGUUCAUUGCUUUUGGACCUGGAGGGAAAAAAAAACUUUUGUGGUCAUUUGUCUUUGAAGAAAUAAGGAUGUUUUUCCUGUAGCGUUUUAGAAAUUGUUGUUGGCGCGCCGCCGUGUAAUCAUGCGAUCACCCGUGCGUGAUUUGAUUUUUAUAAUUGGUGUCCUUUAACCUGACCUCCGUGUGUCGACUUGGAUCUGUGAAGUUGAGUUAACCGAGCCGUACGUCGUCGCAUGCCGUUCUAUAUUUAGGGUUGUGUUUUUAUACUUCAUGUUUAAUAAAAAAAAUGAAAACGGGGGGGGGGGGGGGGGGGGGGGGGAUAUGGGAAGAAAAAAAAACCUGGCAGUGCGAACAAACACUCGCAGCCACCACCGUCUCCUUGAAAAAAACAAAGUAGCAAAGGUUACGUAUUUUAAUUGUCGAUGCAACAUUUAAUACACACUUUUUAAAAGCUCCACAAGCUUCAAAAAUCUGCACCCUAAAACUAGCGACCAAUUGUUAAUCUUAAAGGCUUGUCUCAAAGUUGUAACCUUCGCAUAUCAAAAGUUAGGAGUUUAGUCGCCUGGCCAGAAUUGACUCCCCCCCCCCCCCCCCCCCCCCCCCCACCUAGGGUCGUCCCAGUCACUCAUCCAGGGUAGGUAAACUGAAGAUCCAACCCGGUAAACAUGCUGACAAGUGGCAGUUUUUGAGGUUGUACUAUGGUAUGCUUUUGAGGGUCGACGGUUUGUUGUUUGUUUUGAAUUGGAAUUCCAUGCUUCCCACUUUUUUUUACCAAACCCACACUGACCGGCAUGGUGAAGUUGGUCAAAUCCCUAUGUGAGGCCCUAAUUGAGCAGUGGGGUAACGGGGGGGGGGGGGCUGUUUGUGUAGAAAAGCCACCCACCGUAGUGAUGGGACGAAUAUCCAUCCUCUCGUGGGAGGGUGUAGUAAGCGUUGUGUGUUGGCGAUUUAAAAUCCUGUAACUUUAUUUUCCAGUUGUACAGCUUGAGCUUGGUGUUGAUGCCAGACAUGGAGGUUAAUUCUCUAGACCAGUGGAUGGAAGUUUUCAAACAUUUUAGUGAACAUUUUUAAGUUAAUUUCAAGAAAUCGAUUGCUGGGUCUAAAGGGCGGCAAACGCUGUAAUGUUUAUUCCGAGAUGGAGCGUUUGAUAAUCGUGGCGGCUGGAUUUUUGACACUUCACCGCUUCCCUGCGAUUCAAUUUGUCACGAUUUAUUAAACCUUGUGGCGAAGGUAGCAGCUGCUGGUGGCGGUCGAAGGAGUUUCUAUAAAACAGUACAGUGCACGUGACCUCGAUAGAGAAAUUGCUUCUCAAGUGCGUGCAGUUUAGUAAAAUGUAUCACGAGCCUAUUUAAUCAAUAUGCCGUUUUGCCCUCUAGGCAUACCUAAGUAAAGUUCAAUUUUGAUUUAAAGCUUUCGUGACUGCAGGGAUUCAUAUUAUUGGUUCUUUCGGUAAAGCCAUGUAUAGGGGAAACAAUAAAAUAAUAAAAAUAUGAAACAAUUCUCACGACGUUUCGACGGCAACACGAGCAAUCAUCAUAAGGUGUGAAAACCACAGCAAGAAAAUUUGAAAAAAGUGGCUUUCACAACUUAUGAUGAUUGCGUGUGUUGCAGUCGAAACGUGAGAAUUUAUAUUUGUAUUGUUUCCCUUAUGUGACUUUACCGAAAGAACCAAGAAUAUAAGUAAAGUUCAUCGGUGGAAACUCAACCGUGCCUUGUUUUUUUUAAAAGUGUAACCCCAACAUUCGAAUUGUAAUUCAGGGGGUCUGUGAUUUCGGAGAAACCACUGGUCUGGCACCACACGUUUGGUUCCUGUUUUUUUAUGUUGGAAUUGUUUCAUCCGUUAAGAGCAAAAUAAAACUUUU